CCCUUGGCAGUCGUAUCCGCAAAAGAUGAACGUCUUCGAUGAGCGAUCAGGGCAGAUUGCCCUAUAUAGCUCUCCAGCGUCAAACGACGGGGCCAGCAUUGCGAUGCUCCUAGAGUUCCUAUGGUACGCACGAGAAACAUCCCCAUCGCGAAUUUUGUCUCUAUUCUACUACUACAUCAUUAGUCUUCCGCACUGCGUCCACCUGGUGAACCACCCGGGAGAAAUCCAUGACAUGGACGCCAGAAAAGCGACCUCCCUCCCCCUCAUCACGGACGUCACCGGCAUGGGCACCAAACACAUCAUCCAGCACGAGGCCAUCACUCGAUACCUUCUCAGCACCUAUGACACCAGCCACAAAUUCUCCUACCCGCAGGACGCAAAGGAGUGCGACGAAAUCAACACCUGGCUUUCUUUCCUUUCCCAGACCAUCCACCCCCCCGAGAUGCCCGAGGACACUCCCUUCGCGCGAAGGGCCCUGACGCUGUACCUCCACCUGGAGCAGCAUCUGCAGCAACAGCCGUCUCCCUAUCUAGUUGGGAAGAAGUAUACGCUCGCCGAUUUCGCGAUUUUCCCGUACGCUGCCGCCGCCAGCUCCGUUGGACUGGACCUGGAACGAUUCCCUGAAGUUACAACGUGGUAUAAUCGGCUGGUAGAGCAGAAUGAAGUGCAGAAGGGGAUGAAGGCUGUUCAUUUGAAGAUCUAAUUCCAGAGUCGUCUUUUUUGCUGUGAUAACUGCCGUUUGGCUAUCAGGGAUAAGAUAUAAUAUACCGCCAUUGAUAUAUGUAAUUUCCAACCGCAGCUCCUAUAUAAAAGCCGUUCAGCAUCUAUCUGAGAAGAAAUCAGUUGGAGGACAGAAACUAAUCCAGUUCUACAUAGCAG